GGGCACGAUCGUUCCACGUGUAAUGACGACAUUUACCUGUUUCCCAACUAUCGGAGAGCCCAACUUAACGUCGGCAGCCUCCUCAUCUACUGUAGAUAUUUAUCAAAUCUUUUUCAUGGCUAUCAUUGCUUCACGUGUCAUCUUAAACUUCCACUACUUUACAUUCCUAAAUACUAACCUUGCAAUUGUGUAGAUAUACACACUCACAUACAUCCAGUUUCUUCCAACUGUAGAUCCAACAACCACAAGUUUCAAGACACAGCACGACCAGUCAAUUAUCUUAUAUCAACGAUCAAGAAUUCAAGAUGAUGGAAAAGGAAAACAGUGGCGGUGGUAAUGGUGGAACCAAGUGUUUUCCGGCAGGGUGGAGCGUGGCGGCGAAAACGAAGCCAUGUGAUUCUUGCAAGUCUGCUUCAGCUUUGCUUUUUUGCUGUAAAGAUAAGAUCUUUUUGUGUAUGGUGUGUGACAAGAAGCUGCACAACGAAACGAGACACGAGCGUGUGUGGAUGUGUGAGCUGUGUGAACAGUCUCCGGCGUAUGUCACUUGUAAGGCGGACGCCGCCGCGCUAUGUGUCACUUGCGAUCGGGAGAUACACUCGGUGAAUCCGCUUGCUAGGCGUCACGUUCGGAUUCCGGUGGUGCCGUUUUAUGAUUCGGCUGAGGCUGUUGUGAAGACUACUGCCGCCGGCAACGUGCUGCAUUCAGUCUCUGGAUAUGGAAGCAGUGAAUUCGAGAGCUUCGUUCGCAAGGAAGAUCAUGUUAGUUUGAAAAUUCCGGUAGAUAUGAAAAGGGUUGAUCUGUUUUCCGCCGCUGAACGUGGCUUCGAUUUUGGCUUCGCGGUUCCUACGGAGGUUAGACUCGAAAGCAAAUUCCAUGAUUCAGUUAACGACUGCGUGGUUCCGGUACAAAGAACGUCGCCGACGAAGAAUUCACAACCGCGACAAAUUGUUGAUGAUCAUCAAUCACCGGGAACUCGAUUCGAGGUCGAUUUCGCCAAAUCAACUACAAAUUCCUACGAUAAAAGCAGCAGCCAUAACGUAUCGUCAUCAUCGAUGGAUACCGGCGUCGUACCAGAGCAAAACACGAUGUUAAACGUAUCAUAUCCGUUCAUGCUACCGGUAAACGGCGUCGUAUCGGAGAAAAACAACGAAGGAGCGAAUGAUGAGUACAAAGCAAAGCGUAUGGAUAGAAUGGCUAGGGUUUUGAGGUACAGGGAGAAGAGGAAGAACAGAAAAUUCGAGAAGAAAAUUCGAUACGCCUCACGGAAGGCCUAUGCUGAGCAGCGGCCGAGGAUCAAAGGCCGGUUUGCAAAGCGAACGGAGUCGACGACGGAGUUGAAUGCCGAUAGGUGGUUGUUUACGGCGGCGUCUGAUUGUAGUAGUUAUGGUGUAGAGGUAGAGUAUGGCGUGGUUCCUUCGUUUUGAAGGAUGAAAUUUAUGCAAAAAUGGAGUCAAUACUUUUCCUUUAUUUAUUUAUUAUUCAAAUGGUUUUUGAUCA